CUGCACGUAUUUAGUAUUUGGUUUGCUUCUUCAAAGUAGUAUUUACCCUAGAAAUGGCUUAAGUAAAGCAUACCUACGUCGUAUUAAAUUCAAAUACAGACAAUAGAGCUUGAAAAGCUUAUCAAACAUCACCUUACUUAGGUUUUCCAUGAAGUAACCUGACGUGAGAUCGUAAUUGAAUAAAAACAACGCAGUAGAUGACUUCGUUAUCGUAAAUAACCCAUUAAGGCAGCCAUCUGUGAUCGAUAUGAUUGAAAACUUGAGUCCGAUUAAGCAAACAGUGCUUGGCACCUUGUUCACGUGGGGAUUAACAGCUCUUGGUGCAGCAUUCGUCAUCGUAUUCAAUGGAACUCAAAGAAAACUACUCGAUGUUAGCUUGGGUUUUGCUGCCGGUGUUAUGGUUGCAGCUUCAUUCUGGUCGUUAUUGGCUCCAGCUAUCGAGAUGGCCGAACAAAGCGAGCUGUAUGGUAAAAACGGAGAAUUUUCUUUCAUACCGGUAGCUGUGGGAUUCUUCUUAGGAUCGUUGUUCGUCUAUAUGGUCGAUGUCUUUUUGGCUGAUUACGAUUUGACGCCGGCUUAUCUACAUCAAGAUAGUCACAGGAAAUUCCGAGCUAGAAAGAAUAGUAAUGACGAUGAAGGUGAAGCGUACGGUCACAGUCUUGCUAUGGAAGAUAAUUAUAACGUUAGCCGACGCAGAAGACCGACCUCCGGUGACUCGAAGAUCAAAGUACCUUCGCCAGAGGCUGAUUCGAAGCAAUGGAAACGUAUGCUGUUACUUAUUAUCGCAAUUACCGUACAUAACGUUCCGGAAGGAUUGGCAGUUGGCGUUGGAUUCGGAGCUGUGGGCUCGUCGCCAUCAGCGUCGUUUGCAUCUGCGAGAAAUUUAGCGUUUGGUAUCGGUAUACAAAAUUUUCCCGAAGGACUGGCCGUUAGUCUGCCGUUGAAAGCAGCCGGAUUUUCUAAUUGGAAAAGCUUCUGGUAUGGUCAAUUAAGUGGAAUGGUCGAACCGAUAGCCGGCAUGAUUGGCGCAAUUUUAGUAGCAAUCGCAUCACCCACGUUACCUUACGCAUUAUCAUUCGCAGCCGGAGCCAUGAUAUACGUCGUUGUUGACGAUAUAAUACCCGAAGCCAAUUCCAGUGGGAAUGGAAAAUUGGCUACAUGGGGAUGUGUCGUCGGAUUUUUGGUCAUGAUGGCUUUGGACGUUGGUCUCGGAUAGGAUACAGGUUGUUAAUAUUAUUAUUAUGUAGAUUCCCCUUUCUCCCCAGCCCUCAAAUUCUCCCAUUCUAAUAUACACGAUGAUCUUAUUAUAUUUUUUCAUUCUCGUUUUGAAACAAGACUGAUUUCGUGUAAUUAUUUUACUAUUUAAAAGAGCGAUCCGUUUUGUGAUUCAUUCCUCCCAUACCCCUAACCCUUUUUAUUUGAUAUUUCAACGAUCGCUCAACCAGUCGCAUAAAUUAAUUUUUUUUCAUUUUUGUUUUGUUUUUUUAAACUCGUUUUUUUGUUUGUUUUAAUUUUCGAUAUCCCUUCUGUUUUUUUUUUGCUUCUGAAAAUUAUUUUUUUUUAUUGAAAAAAUCGUUGUACUUAAGUUUAGUUCCUUUUACAAAUUAUUUCAUUUUUCUUUAUUUUUUUUUCUCAUUUUGGUAAAAUUCGAUCGUUUGUAAAGAUAGAAGUGCCUUUUUGAUAGCGAAUUUGUACAUAUUACGAGAGAGCAGUUCAUCUAUUGUUAUUCCAUUUUUCCCAUAAGGUGAUAUCGAACGCGGUACAAUUUGUACGUAUAUUAUAUAGUUUUACCUUUCAAUUAAAUAUUUAUAUCGUUUAUAUGUGGUCUUAAAAAUAAAAACGUUCAUUUAUUAA